AUGACUUCAGUUGCAAGAAAAUCAGCAAGCAGUCAAACUCGAGAACAAUUAAAAGAUAUUAAUGAAGAUGAGUCUAAUACGAAAAUAACUAUCGAUAGAAAUAACAAUGCAAUUGAAAAAGAAUCAGCUGAUGUUAGCCAAGAUAAAAUAUCAAUAAAUAGACGUAAACAACGACCAAAAAGCACAACUAUAAGAGAUGAAUAUAAAUAUGUUGGUGAUAUAUAUGCUGAAAAGAAACAUGGUACAGGUAUUUUAUCUUGGCCAGAUAAACGAACAUAUACCGGUGCAUUUUAUGCUGAUAAACGACAUGGUUUUGGUAGUUUUCAAAAUCCAGAAAUUUUCGAAUUUAAAGGUCUUUAUCGUCAUGAUGAACGAUUUGGUCCAGGUAUUUUAAUGUAUCAAUCUUCUCAAUGUGCUGAUGUAGGUUUCUGGUUGAGUGAUGAUCUUGUUCGUCUUGUUUAUCCACAUCCGACACUUAAUUUGGAUAUUCAUAUAAUUGAUAAAAAACCUCGAACUGAUUCUUCAUGUAUGUUACAAUCAUGGUAUUCGCCUUAUGAAUUACUUUCAACGAUAAUUGAUUUUGAUUAUAUUUUAAAUAAGAAACCAAAUGCUUUAUUAUGUAAAAAUAUUGAAAAUGAAAAUUCGACUUUUACUCAAUAUUUAAUUGAACAUGCGGAUCAAGUUCAAAAAGUUAUGCAUGAAAAACGUGCACAACUUGAUGCUUAUCUAACGAAUUUUAAUGAUGAAAAUAUAUUAGAUGAGAAAAUUUUUAAUGAAAGAAUGGUGGAUAUUCCAAUACCGAAUGAAACAUAUGAACAACAACAAUUAUUUUAUCAUACAAAUAAAUAUUUACCAUUAAAACAACAAGCAACAUAUCCUAUUGAUGAAAUUUUAUCAAGUAAUCGUUUAACUUUUCCAGAUCCUGGACCAUUAGAAAAGUCGUCAUUGGUUCUAUUAGAAUUAGCAUAUAAUGGUGAAUUUAAAAAAAUUCGUGAUCUUCUUUUACAUAAUCAAACUUAUGUUGAUGUUUGUGAUUCUCGAGGUUUAACUGCAUUACAUUUUGCUACACAUAAUAUUCAUAUGGAUGCUAUAAAUAUACUCCUUGAUUUUGGUGCUAAUGUUAAUCAAUUAACAGAUGAUGGAUUAACACCACUUGCUAUUGCCUUUUUAUUUUACUAUGGAAAUGAUCCACAAGAAACAAUUAAUACAGCUUUAGAACAUUCCGAUGAAAUUAUUUUAAAUUCGAAAUCAACAUCCGCAAUGGAAGGAAGACAAUCAAGUCCGAAAGAUAAUACAACAACAACAACAAAAUCAGUAUGUGAAAUAAGUAUACCAGAUGAAGAUAAAUCAGGACCUUCUGGUGAAUCAAGUAAAUCCAAUAACAGAGAAAAUAAAAGUAAGAAUUUAUUUG